CAUCCAUCUCCAUGCUUUGAGUAUGUCUUCGUUCAAAGGAGCAACUUCACGACAAAACAAACAAAGGGACGGCACUGAGAACGAGGCGUUAUUUCCAUUGGUGUCACACAGUUUGGCUCCAAUUCUGACCUCAGACGUUGGCAGACCGACAGCGACAGGCUGCAGUAAAGUGUGAGCGACCUGAAGGAGGAGGAGAAGAAGAAGAAGAAGGAGGAGGAAGACAUUAAACACAGACACGAUACAACAUGUGUGAUCGCGGAUCACUGGAAUUGGAUGGAUGGAUUUUUCACGACACACAGCCGAGUCGCACGGAUGUCACACUGUGUCAGCUCUUUGAUAUCAAUCCAACCUUCACUGGUCUGGAAUGUUUUAAAUGCUUAAAGGGACUUUGACUCACAUCCUGAAAAUACACACAGACAGACAGACAUAUAGACACGCAGACUCUAAAGCAGCCACUAGAGACUCAUCUAAGGUGAAGAAUAGGCUUGCGCAGGAUGUUCUGGGAGAAAAAUACUGAAGUCAUUCAGUUCAGAUCAGGCCAAAAGAAAAAAAUCACCCCAGCUCCACGCUGUACCCAGAGACAGCACCACAGGAAUCACCCUUGAUUCAUUACUGCAACACAGGAGUGAACACAUUUGGUUUGACUCGUACUCCAGACACAAAAAAGCAAUCACACCACAGCCAUCAGAAGUGGGAAUGAUGGGAAAUAAGGCGGGAUGUGAGGGAAGCUGGAGCACCAUAUAAUCUGAACGGAUGGAACUCACGUGCUGAACCUGGCAGCAAGAACCACCUUACAACUGAUGGACUUCAGCAAGCAAAGGAAAUUGACAAUUUUAGUGAGGUAGAGCUGAAAAAUAUUUCAAUUUCCACAGGAAAAUGGAACAAAGUAGGAUGAAAUAAAGGACUAUCAGUUACCUUAAUGGAAAAAAACAUAAAGAUUUGGCUGGAGGAGAUUGAAAGGGCUUCAUGGCAUGAGCUGCAGGUGGAGCUCAUUCACCUGUAGGCACCCACAGCAUAAACACUGUCCAGCUGCACAGCAGAAGACUUUGGGAUUCUCUCUCUAGGGCUUCACCAACAUGAUGGAAAAACUGAACCCCACCAGUCCACCUGCUUCACCCCCUGACCUACCUCGGCCCUCCUCCGCCUCUUCCUCUGCCUCCUCCCCAACCUGUGCAUCCAUGAAGCAGCACAGUCCCACCCAGAGCCAGACUUUAGCCUCCUCGGCCACUAACAGCUGCCCACGUCCUGCUAACGAGACGGGGCACAAGGUCGUCCCCACCUCUGACCAGAUUCAGUCCACCUGUCACCGCGCAGACAAAGCUCCCGCGACCGUCGUCACAGAGACCAAGCAAGAGCAGGAGGAGAAACGAGGAGGAGAAAUGAGAAGCACAAAGGCACCGGCCACUCCUGCCAACAGGUCUCCACCUCUGUCUUCUCCACCACCACUCCUGCCUGCACCAGCCAAGACCUCCCCAUGUCCAGUCCAACCAACAAACUCCAUAUUAUCCACCACCCCAUCGUCCGCUCCUCUUCCUCCCCACAUUCCUGUCAUCAGUCUCGGUCACAGCAAGCCCCCUCUGCCUCUGCCAAACACACCUUUGACUGCCCUGCAUCCAAUUCCCAGCAUCCUCCAUGGGCCGAAUGGGGACAUCCGGCGCAGUCAGCAGACGUCUUUGACCGUGGCAGGUCCUGGAGGAGCCUCAGCGCCGCUGUUGCCUCAGCAGUACAUGGCUGCUCACCCCUUCUUCACCAGCUCUUACCUGGGUCCAUCAGGAGGAAACUAUGGUGUCAUCAGCAGCAGCCGGAUCAAGAGGAGACCCUCAUCACACUUUGAGAUGGAAAUCAAUGAAUGUCCGCCUCAGAAAAUUGCUCGCCGCGUCUUCACCAACAGCCGCGAGCGCUGGAGACAGCAGAACGUGAACGGGGCGUUCUCUGAGCUCCGAAAACUCAUCCCCACGCACCCGCCUGACAAGAAGCUGAGUAAGAAUGAGAUCCUACGCCUGGCUGUGAAGUACAUCAACUUCCUGGUCACUCUGCUCAACGACCAGGCCGAGGACAAGGGCAGAGACUCAGCUGAGGAUGAAGGUACUGCAGCAGGAUCAGACGGUGACAAAGUGAACUCCUUGUAUCAGGCCCGCGCUGCCCCGCCCUCUGCAGCCGCCACGGCGACGGCCCACAGAGACAGAGACUCGACUGACUCAGUCAUUGCCCUGGGUAAUUCCCCGACAACAUCCAGUUGCUAUGGCGACACGGACAGCGAGGAAAGCUUUGGGGCUAAGGCCUCUUUGGUGACCCAAGGAAUUCUGGGAAAGGUCAAGGGUCAGAUAAGAAUGAUGGCAGCCGCAAAUGAUGAACGGUGACGCUGAGAGAAGUGUGCAGCCACUGGGAGCUGAGAUGCCACACUGAUGGACAAAGACAGGACAAAUGGACAGUCUCUGAGUAUCAUCAGAUUAAGUAGGAGAUUGAUUAUUGGUGAAAUAAUGUGUAGUUUUAAUUGUCAUGUUUGUCCUUUACAUACAUUGAUUAUGAGACUCUUUGUUUUCUGGUUAAAAAAAAAAAAAAGUUUGAGAACUGCAGAACUGUCAUUUUGUUUCCUGCUGCUGAUCGUGACACAUCAGUAGAGCUGAAACAGUUAAUCGAUUAGUAAAUUAAUCGAUUUUGAUAAUCGAUUGAUCAGGUGCUUAGCUUUUUUUUAUGAUUAAAACAA